AUGUCCACCGAUGACCUUCCGUCGUCCUCCGACAUCGACGCCAUCAUCAUCUUCAGGGACCCGCGCGACGCCGACCGUGUGGACCCGUUUGUGAAAAUGGAUUCUCAUAACAUUGAAUCAAGCAAUGCUAAUGGUUUUGAUACUCGACCCUUAAAGAAAGCAAAAUGUGAACAGUUGAAUGAUUGCGAUUUAUCACCAUCGCCUCCAUCAUCAACCUCCCUGGCAUCAUCAUGUGAUAACAUUGAAUCAAGCAAUGUUUAUGAUUUAGAUGCUCAGCCCUUGAAGGAAGAAAAAUCUGAACAGAUGAAUGAUCUUGACAUAUCACUAUCACCUCCAUCACCAACCACCCUGGCAUCAUCAUCUCUGGAAAAAGAUUCUUACACUAUUGAUUCAAUUGUUGCCGAGAAAGUGGCAUGUUCUGAAUGGAUUGACUUUGAAUCAGAUAAUGAUGGAAGAAUUCUAUUAGAUGACGAGAAGCAUCAAGAUCAACAUGAACAAUACAAAGUUGAUCAAACAUAUGACUAUCUCCCACAAGAUUAUGAAAUGACCGACCUAGACUACUGUGCUCAAAUAACAAUAGAAACAUCUUUCAAAGAUGAUAUACUUGUGAAGAUAGAUGACAUCUUUGUCAGACAAGCUCAAUUGUCAUGCUUGCUAGAUUCAGAAAAAUUCCUAAAUGAUGAUGUCAUCAGCGCGUAUAUAUGUUGCAUAAAGGAUCAAGCCCAUUUAGAAAGUAGGAAUGAUGUUAAAUUUUACUUUGAGAAUCCCUUUAUUUCUAUAUUGCUAAAAAGGGAUGGCAAGCUUGGAGUAGGUGAAGAUGGUAACCAUAUCACAAAGAUUGUGAGAAACUAUCUUAAGCAUGAAAUGAUUCUUAUUCCAAUAAAUAUCAAAGAAAAACAUUGGUAUUUGGCUAUUAUUAACACACAGAAGUGUGAAAUACAAGUACUUGACUCGUUGUGUUGGGACUUCAACCGAGGUGACCUUGCUGAUACGCUACAAGGACUACAAUAUCAUUUGAACAUAAUUGGAAGGCAACAAAACUUGAUUAGUCAUAACUGGAAAGACCUCCAGGUUAUUUCCUGGAUAAUCACAGAACAACUACAAGAGCCAAUGCAGAAAGAUGGCUCAUGUUGUGGACUGUUCAUGCUCAAGUUUAUGGAAUACUGGAUUGGAGAUUCACUAUCUCAUCCUAUUACACAGGAAGAUAUUAAUCAUUUUAGGUUCAAGUUAGCAGGUAUACUAUUAUGUUGGAAAACAAACACAGCACAAACAACUCCUCAAAAUAUCUCAUUGUUGGGAAGUUCAGAUGGCCAAAAAGAACCCAAGGCAUCAGAUUCAUUAUCAAAGGAAACAAAAUACCAAUCAUUAAUGUCUGUUCUUUCUAAGAUCAGUGUACAUGAGUUAGUUGGCGGCCUUUGUGACUACAUCAAAUCAAUUAAUUGUCCAGAAACAUUGGAAAAAGUAUGGGUGCGAAACUCCAAGCCAUAUUCCAUUAGCUUGACUCUCAGGAAACUGCAAGAAAUACUGAAGGAAGAUCUGCCCAUGGACCGUGAUUGUUUUAAUUUGGUUAUUCGAAAAUUCAUGUUUGAUGACAUCCAAAUGAUGAACAAAACCAAAGGAACAAUAUCAAAGCAUUAUCUAGACACGCGAUUUUGGAUAAUUACUGAUUUUGGACGACACCCAAACUUCCGUAAAAAGAUAGACGUGGAACAACUCGCAGAAACUGUUAGUAGCUGGCCUGGUGUUAAUUAUAGUGUUUUAAGAUGCAAAUUGAGAACUAUCCGGUUAUCUUGUUUCUCUCUUCAUGUGCAUAUGGAAAGAUGAAGAACUACAAUUGCCAGUUUUAAAGGAUGGCUACGAUCUAAGAAAGCAAUUUAUGGCACAACUAUUAACUUACAAGGAGAAUGAAUGUGAAGACAAUAUGCCUGCUGGUGUUCGAGACUUUCUUAGGUGUAUCAAUGCUACUCAAAGUUAGAAAUAGUUAUGCAAGCACAGAGAAUGUAUGAGAUCAUAUUGAAACGGUUUUAUUAUUACCA